AUGGGCGGCCGCUGGGCGGACGGGAGCGCGGACCCGGGCGGGCGGCGGAGGCCGGCGGCGGCGGCGGCGGCGGUUCCCGCGGCUCGGAGAGGCGGCGGCGAAGGCGACGCGGAAACUGCACCGCCACGGCGCGCUCCUGCUGUGUCUGGAGCUCCGGCGUCUCCUCUGCCUCGGGGCUGUGCGCCUCCCACCCGCCACCCUCCUCCUCCUCCUCCUCCUCCUCCUCCUCCUGCUCCUGCUCCUGCUCCUGCUCCUGCUCCUGCUCCUGCUCCCGCCCGCGCCCCCGCUCGCCGCGGCUCGCAGCCUCGCCCGGGAGCAGCUACUGUAAGUGUGAGUUGCUUAGACGAAGUCACACCCCCACGGAGGGAAGUGAUCGCGACGCGGCCGCAGCGAGCGUUGCCAAGCGCUAUCCCGGAGAAGCGGCGGCGUCUGCCUCUCGGGGUAACUAACGAGGGCGACGAAUCCUCCCGACCAACGCGGGCCGCGACCCGCCGCCGGGGCGCCCGCGAGGUGCCCGGGAAAUCGGCUCAGCAAAGCCCUAGGAGGAGGAGCUGGUCCCUUCGGCCUCGGCGGAGAGCCCGCUGCCCAUCACCGGCUCGCAGCAUCCACAGCCCCUGUCGUCACACCGUCACGCAUUCGCAGCGUGUGCUGACUUUGGAGGCUUGGGAUGGAAUGAUUAGUCAACGCGUGCUUGCGGAGUAAAUUGUAGACUUUCUAAACAUGGAGAUGGCAGGGCUGAUUGAAAUUCCAGUCAAGGAAUGUGACUUUUGAUACUUGCAGUGCGCCAG